UCUUGUGGUAGCGGGGACGCACUUGAGGCUGCGACGGUUCAGAGAGCGCUGCAGGAGGGGAGGGGGGGCUGCCCACCGAGGGAAAUUACUUUUUCCCAACUAAUUAUCGCCGUUUUGAAAAUGAAAGUGGUGCGUGAACGUCUGCUUGCUGUGCGUAAAAGCCAGCGACCAACUUUGGGUUAGUCACUAGAUGGAACUAGAAUUUUUGAUUUUAUGAGUCAAUUUGUCAGAAUGUCUACGUAGGUUUGGAUAAGUGUCUGAAGUAGAUUUUUUUUUGUUUUGGAGCUUUUUAAUGCUCUGAUCUGAAUUCAGACAUGGCUUACUCUCAGCUGGGAUACUCCUACUCCACUCCAUCACAAUUUCUUAUGACUACAAGCCCCUUGGCUGGCUGUCUGGAGCCGGGAUCUCCUCCGUCCCACCCCGCGUUGCGCUCCCCGGGUCACCAACUCACCUCUGGCAGCAGCAUCGGCGUUUGCAGCCCUUACCCAAAGUGCCAAGCUUACUAUAACACGUGCUCUGGUGACCCCACACCUCUCUAUUCCAGGGGACCAUUGCAGCCUAAAGGUGUGGCUGCAUCUGUGCACAUGGGGACCUCUCAGACAGCCUGCUAUCCGUAUGACUACACAUUCGGCCAUUAUUCUUAUGACAGAUAUGGUUACUCGUCCACAGAAGGAGCUUCACGGCGUAAAAACGCGACCCGAGAAACAACCGGGACCCUGAAGGCCUGGCUGCAGGAGCAUCAGAAGAACCCUUACCCAACCAAAGGAGAGAAGAUCAUGCUGGCUAUUAUCACCAGGAUGACCCUCACACAAGUGUCGACAUGGUUUGCCAAUGCCCGCAGGAGGCUGAAGAAGGAGAACAAAGUGACGUGGUCGCCGCGAGCUUGUAAAAGCUCAGAGGACAGAGGUCGUGAUGAAGACAGUGACGAAGCAGAGAAGUCGCUUAAAGGAGAUAAGGAUCAUCCGGAUCAGCAGUCUGCCGACUUACAGAGCGAUCUGGAAGACUUUGACCUCCUGGAGUCCGACGCGUCCGACUGUGAACCAAAGCCGCAGUUCAUACCCGAGGACAAUGAAGCCGAUUCUAACCUACCACACGCUCACCUCGCGUACAACCCAGAGCCAGACAGAUCAUCUCCAGACUUCCCGAAAGACCAGAACGCUUUCUUUCCGAUGCCAGAUGUGCACGGAACAGACAACAAACCCAAAAUCUGGUCCAUCGCUCACACCGCCGUGUCUCUGGAUCCCGGCUUGGAACCCGAGUAUCCGCCCUGUAUGCUGUCGAGCAGCUCAUCAUCUCCAAGCUUCCCGUCAAACAUGGCGCUACCCAAAGCGGACAGGACGCAAGAAUCGCCAGUGGACACACUCAGGGAGUGGGUGGAUGGCGUUUUCCACGGCGCGCCGUUCCAUCAGUCAAAAGGAUCCACGGCGUGGAAAGGUUUCAACGACACAACCGUGAGCGACAGAACACAAGGACAAACCUUCGAACUCAUUAGAUCGUCUUUGUAGACGCCGGACCAAACUGACACUUUUAAAGCCUCCUGGACUUAUUGAGUAAAAUUUAUAUUUUAGUGUUGUGACCAAUCGAGUCUUCACAAAAAUCCACAUUGUUGUAUAUCACCUCUAACAUGCACAAAGGAUCCGUGGCGACAGUAAGAAGAGUGCUUGUUUAUAAUUUCCAGUUUGACACAUUACACAAAAAAAAUAAUACAUGCCAUGAGAUUAUUAAA